AUGGAUGUCAGCAAACACGCCACCUCGCUAUUUGCGGGACAGUCUCCUUUGGCAGGAGCUCUGCUUGUCGCUAUCGUUGCAUUAGUGCUUCUGAUGUUAAUCGUGCCGAAAGACAAUAUCCCUGUUAUCAACAAAUAUCCCAACGACUGGUUCUUGAGCAAGGCUCAUAUGGCUUUCAUCACUAAUGCUGACGGUCUCAUCAAACAAGGGUUUGCCAAGUUUAAUAAGCCAUUUCGCAUGAUCACACUCUUGGGAGAUAGAAUUGUCCUCCCUGCAGACCAUUUCGAAUGGAUGAGACGUCAUGGUCCUCAUCUCGAUCACCAACCGCUGGUGUCUAAGGACUUUUUCGCAGGUUACCCUGGCUUUGAUGGAACAGCAGCCAUAUCGGACCCAUCUAAACUUUUGGCCAAUGUUAUCAAGAAGAAGCUUGUUCAAAACCACCAUGUUAGCAAGCUUCACAACAUGGUGCGAAAAGACUUACUGGCAGCUUGGACCGAACAGAGUGAUGGUACAGAAUGGAAGGCAGUUGACUGGGCCAAGGAUGGUGUCAGCUUUAUCAGCCGAAUGUCCGCGUCCGUCUUUGUGGGCGAGGAGCUGUCGCGCGACGAGACAUGGCAGCAGGUCAGCACUAACUACGGUAUGACUGUGUUCCUUGCAGCUCGCGCGUUGCGAGCCUGGCCACGAUUUCUGAGACCUAUUGUACAAUGGUUCCUCCCCGCUUGCAAGAGCUGCAGAGCAGAAGUCCAGCGCGCUCGCGAAGUCUUGCAAAAGAACCUCGCUAAAAGGGCGGCGGAAGACAAAGAGCACGACGAUUCUAUUACCUGGUUCGGUGAGAUCGCGGGAGGUAAGAGCUAUGAUCCUGUCGCCGCCCAGCUUGGAAUGUCUAUGGCUGCUGUUGUCACUACCUCGGAGCUUUUGAAGCAGACAAUCAUUGAGAUAUGCGCCCAUGACCUGGCAACUCCACUACGAGAGGAGAUAGAAGCCGUGGUUGCUGAGCAUGGAUGGUCUCCUGCUGCUCUGACCAAUAUGCGCUUGCUCGACAGUGUCAUCAAGGAGACACAGAGGUUAAACUCUGCAGUUAUAGUCAAUCUCGACCGUCAGGUCCUGUCGCCGGUCACUCUGCCCAAUGGCCAGUACCUACCCAAAGGCACUGCUAUAUCAAUCUACAUGUCGCAGCUCCGCAACCCUGAGGUAUAUGACAACCCAGAUACCUUCGAUGCAUACCGCUAUGUGAAGCUUCGUGCGCAGGGCGGAAAGUGGAUCUACGCCAGUUCGGCUACCUCGACGAGUGAGGAUCAUUUUGUGUUUGGUAUUGGUAAACCUAUUUGCCCAGGACGAUUCUUUGCUAUCGCCGAGAUCAAGACAGCUAUUGCUACCAUCUUGCUAGACUAUGAUCUGCGCCUAGCUGAGGGAUAUACACCGAAGCUGAUGCCAUUUGGCUUUGAAUUGUUCGCGGAUCCUGGAGUCCAAUUGGAGGUCAAGCGGAGAUUAUAG